CCCCCCAUCAGAUGCUGACACAGGAGACUGCAGAUGCUGGAAUCCGGAGCAACAAUCUGCUGGAGGAACUCAGCGAGUCGAGCAGUUUGUUGCUCCAGAAACCAGCAUCUGCAAUCUCUUGUGUCUCAGUUGAUGGGACUUCCCGUCCAACUUGCGUGAUCUUUGUUAUGGUCCUAUUUAUUGCGUAGAAGAAUAGUGGUUAUUUAGAAUGGCAGUUGGCAAGCGGUACAGGGCUGGCAUUCAACAAAGUGCAAGAGCGUAAAAGAUUUAAAAUCUCGACGACAACAUUUCUGAAUGGAAAGCAGCUAACCCACGUGUAAUAAAUGAUACGUUCCCCUAAAAUGUAUAUUAACUGCUGACCAAUUACUGCACUUAGCUACAUUGUUGAUGUCAGAUAGGCCAAUGGAGCUUGAUGGCGGGGGUUGCUAUUCAACUUUCAUAAUGCCUGCCUUAACCAUUUACUGCACGCUUCCGGGCCAUUUGUUCUCGCCGAGCUCCCGGUGACCCUGCAGGUUUGCAACAGCGCAGUGCCAGUGACACCCAAAGGAGAUGGGAAGCACCUCCGGCCGAUGGGGGGGUUAUCGUCAGCCUGUGCUAAAUUUCUCGCGUUUAGCCCACGGUGGCAUUACAUUUUAAUGUGCCCACCGCCAAGAGAAGCGCAAAAGUCGAACUGGAGAGGGAGCGACACCGGGGCUGGCUGGGCGAGCGCGGAGUGCCCGUGCAAAUGGUGCUGGCGAUCCGGUGCCACUAUUCCAGCUCCACUUUGCUGAAAUUGACGAGAAGACGCCACUUCCUGUCGAACAAAGACAUUGCAGUGGGAAAUAGAGUCCGCUACCAAAUAUCUGCAGCAAUUCACAGCAACGCCGGCUUCAGAGCAUCCAGGGGGGCAGAGAAGGGGAAACCUUUUGUUCUCCUCCUUUAACAUGGGACUCUCUGGAAGAUCUGCCAGAUCUGUUUCUCCUCGAUUGGUGCGGAUCCUAUGCUGAGACUGACACAUUAUGACUUCAUCUAAUAAAGGAAUUUUACACACCUUGUUAAUUUUCAUCAUCAUUUUGGGCUGCCUUUUAACCUUGUUGUUGCUCUAUGUUAAGCCAUCAAACAGCUGGAUAUAUGCUCCCAUGGAAUCUGCCACCUCAGUUCUACGAAUGAGAAACAUCUUUGCUUCACAGCAAGAAGACAAUGAGACUAUUGUGCUUAUUUGGCUGUGGCCUUUUGGUCAGACAUUUGAGCUCAAUUCUUGUGAAUCUGAGUUUAACAUCCGUGACUGUCAUUUGACUGUGGAUAAGAACAUGUAUAACAAAUCCCACGCUGUCCUUAUCCAUCAUAGGGAUAUCAGUGGGGACUUGUCCAACCUGCCCUCACAGCCUCGACCAAUUUUUCAGAAAUGGGUUUGGAUGAAUCUGGAGUCACCUACUCACACUCCAAAAAAAACAGAGCUUGACCGACUCUUCAAUCUGACCUUGACAUAUCGAAGGGACUCAGAUAUCCCUGUGCCUUAUGGAUCACUAACAAUAAAUAAAGUCCCAUCAGCCUUUGAAUUGCCAAGUAAAAGCAGUCUAGUGUGUUGGGUUGUAAGCAACUGGAACUCUGAUCACGCCAGAGUAAAGUAUUACAAUGAACUCUACAAAUAUGUUGAAAUUAACACAUAUGGUCAAGCUUUUGGAGAAUAUCUGAGCAAUAUUGAUUUUAUCCCGACGAUAUCUCAAUGUAAGUUCUACCUUUCCUUUGAAAACUCAAUACAUGAAGAUUACAUAACUGAAAAACUCUACAAUGCUCUACUUGCGGGUAGUGUCCCUGUGGUCCUGGGCCCAUCCAGGGAAAACUAUGAAAAUUAUAUUCCAGCCAAUUCCUUCAUUCAUGUGGAUGACUUUCUCUCACCUAAAGAGCUUGCUGAUUACCUUCACAUGCUGGAUGGCAAUGAAUAUUUGUACAUGAGCUACUUCAAAUGGAGAAAAUAUUAUAAAGUGAGGAUGACUCAUUUCUGGGAUGAACAUGCAUGCUCUGUCUGUGAAAAUAUUAGGCAACAUAAAGAAUACAAAUCCCUCUCCAGUUUGGAGAAAUGGUUUUGGGAUUGAACUCUAAAAUAUGUAAAUAAUGUCAAUCAGCAGCAUCAUCUAUUAUAUUCAAUUGGCUUUUAUCUCCAAAAGAACAUAUUUUAAAUUAAUUCUCUAAUUUAACAAAAUAAUUGUUUUUAUUCUAUUACACAAGAAUUCAGUGCAGAGCGAAGGAUUGUUCAUGGUCAAAUUCUCAACGUACACUGACUCCCAGUCAAGAAAUAAAAAUAGAAAACAUUGGAAAUGCUCAGCAGGUCUGCGGAAAGGGAAAAAAGAGUUAAUGUUUCAGGUUCAAAACCCUUUAUCAGAACUGCAGAAGAAAUAAAACACAUUAGUUUUAAGUUUCAGGGAGAGUGAGGGAGGGAUGUAUGGAAUAAAUGAAUAGCUUUUGCCAUGUGGAUAAAUUAUAGAGGUAAUUCGAUUGAUGGAUAACUGGGGACAUUUGGAGAGAAAUGAACAAAAACUGUGAAAUGAGUUAGUGAGAAUACAAACAAAGGAACAUAAAAGCUGUGAAAUGCUGGGCUGUGGGACAUGGUCAGCAUGUCAGGCUGUGCUAAUGCAGAGACAAAAAGAAUCAGUGUGAAAGAUCGGAAGUGAUAGAACAAGACAGGAGGUGGAGGAAGGGGAGAGAUAGGGUCAGAGGAAAAUGAAUAAGAAGACGGAUCUGGAAGGAUAUUAGAACUCAAGAGCUGUUGAAGAUUGUGAUCUUUGACAUCUGAAAAGAAGGAAAAUAUUCAACUGUUGCAGCAUCAAAUCUGUCAAUGUAUUAACUGGAACUGCAGCCCACAACAGCUUAGAGAAAGAGUGAAGCAGCAUAACUCCAGCGAGAGAGAUCAAGAGCAUGCAUGAGAUUUGGCAUGGCAUUAAGAAUGGAUCUCAGGAUGCAACAAUUAUGAGCAUACCUAUGAUCCAGAGUGGAUCCAAAUUGGGAAGGGUAGAAUCCACGUGAGAUGAGUUGGAGUGGAGACAUUUCCUAAGAAAAGAGGCAUUGCUAUGAAAGUGAGAUUUGGUCAACACCUUAUCGAAAACAAGAAGGAAAACAGAAGCCACAGAGGGUGAACAGGCAAAAGGCUCAGACGGAGUUCCUGUUGGAGAAUGGAGUAUAUCUUCAAGGUGGGCAAUACUGAAAGAGAAGCGGCAGUGACUUCAACAGUUAAUGAAAAUCAGCAUCUGCAGUUCUUUUUCCAUUAAGUUGUGAUUAUUUUAUGUAUAACAAGCAGCCCUGAGGACCAGUCUCUGUGGCCUCAAACAGCAACGUUAUUCCAUGACUUGACUACAGGUAGAACUCAACAAUCAGUUGGGAAUGAACAAAAUAAUAACCAUUCUUCACGGGCAUGUUGGACUCCAAAUAAUUUGGCAAGUAGCCCCCACAGAUACAAUGGCAUUAAUUUUGGCUUGUUCCUUCUGACAGAAACCAAGCAGAGGAGCAGUUAGAAUGGAAGGAAAAACUACUUCCUUUCCCAAUCCAAUUUGGCCAAAUGCAGUUUUAAAUUUUAGAUGACUGGGACACUUGACCCAAACUGGUGGGGUCCUUCUUAAAAAUGCACAUUAGGCUAGGUUGAUAUCAUAAGAGCAGGAAAGCACAUUUUAAGUAGUCAGCAAUGGUAACUACUAUGUCUGAAAAAACCUGCCACCAGUAGUUUCCACAGUCGGUAGAUGCCAACAAAAUACAUUUUAAGGUUUUUUGGUUUAUUUGUGGAAAGGUUCAAGAGGAACAGAAUUUGAAUUCAUGGUUAUCCAGGGACCCCAGGGAUAAGUCUGACUCAGACCUUCUUCCUGAAGCACUUAACACAUUGGGACCCAUUUCUGUGGGUCCUGAGCAGUGACCACUGCCAACAAAAUUCAAUUACCAUGUAGCAGUUUCGCAUUGUGUUUUAAAAUUGCCAACCCUAUCUGCUGCAACUCCCAGUAGAUCUGUCACUUGCAUUGGGAGUUAAAGUUAUGGGCAAAGAGACAAAUGGACUCCUUCUGAGCUGUGCAUUUCUAUCACUGUUAUUCCUUAAAUUAGCACUUAAAUUUUUCAUUACAGUUUUAGACAAUGGUUCAAUUACUUUCUGAGAGGCUGUUGUUCUGAUUAUUGAUACCCAUUAUCAAUUGACUAAUUGAACCAUAUUUUAUCACUGCACAAUUAAAUACUGAAUCCAAAGUUAGUCAUUAAUCUUAAUACCUAAUUGCCAUGUUACAUAUUGCUGUAUUGAAUUAAUGUGAGGUGACAAAAUAAUCUUCAAUGAUAAAACCCCUGCUCUAUUAAAAAAAACUGUUGUUUGGAACUGUCCAGGAAGACAAUCUGAAGCACAUUUUGUCAUGCUGCAUGUCUCUCUAAGCAGUCCCACAUCAGCUCAGGAGUACCCAAAGUUAUCAUCCCAUUGGUCUUUUGAAAUUUCAACACCUGCCUUGAAAUCAGCUGAUAACAGUUAAUUCUAUCUUUACCACUAUCAUGAUUCCUCCAUGUCAUCAGACUAUUUGCCUCAAUAUACAUCUUGGAUGAGAUACAUUUUCUUUUAGAGGGAUCUUGUGAAAACAGACCAUUUUCUUCAGCCCACAUGAAGUCCUGUUCAUUCCAAAGCUUCUGUCUCCAUUGACUCUGCUCUCCCAAUUACUCAUAUUUAAAUUUCUCAUAUUUGAGUUUAACGCCUUACACUGACUCACCCCUAUAACCAUUUGGAAUGCUGCACCCACCUUCCCACCUCUUUAUACAUGUGACUUUUAUUCCCAAUAUCACCUUUGGUGGCCAGCCAUUGGGCCCAACGCUCUGCUAUUCCUUUCCUAGCCCCAACUUCUCUGACUUUGCAAUUUCUUUCUUUUAAGUCCUGUAAGGCUUUAAUCACACUCUCUUUACUUCACAAUUUCAACUCUGCAUGUUUAUUCUUUCUUAUACUUCAAUGAAUGACGUUAAGCUGUUUAAUUUAUGUAUAAAGCCUCAAAUGUGCUUUCAAUUUACAUUUGAGGCGCAAUACAAUUAGAAACAUUGGCUCUUCCUAAUCAAAUGCUGCCUUGGAAACCUACAAAUACCAUUCCUCAUCAGAUGUUUUUAGUCCUUUUCUUAGACUAGUGUCUGUUCAGCUUUCAUUCUCACUGGUCAAACAUUUGUCUGUUAGGGCAGCCAUUACAAAUGACAUGCAAAAUUCUCCCUUCUGGUGAGUGUUUAUGGAUUGUGUGAUGCCCGUGCAUUUCAAGUAUUGGGUCAGUUCAAAUAUGAUUUUAUCCAAAGUGUUUUAUACAAUUAAAAAUCAGUAAUGAAUUGCACUGGGUCUGCUGGACAAAGUAGACAAUAAAGCCAUCAUGCUUGACCUUCGUCUCAAUUAUAAACAACAGGUAAUCACAUAUCAUCUUUUCAGCUCUUUUUAGUACUUUAGUUAGAAAGUAACUAUGGUAUUGAAGUGAUGUUAUGUUGAUUAAGUUUAAUGUGUUUAUUUAUUCAUUUGAAGUCAUUAUCUGAAUACAUUCCGAUUUUGAAGUAUUUCAUGAUUCAUAAGCUUUGUGGGAAUUUCCCGGCCGACAGGAAAUGUUUUCUUUUCAUCAGCAUGACUUUUGUGUUAUAAAAGUUGAAAAUACUGAGCAGGUCAACAGCAUCCACAGAGCAAGAAACAAAGUUAAUGUUGACCUUUCAUCUGAAAGUUAGAGAGAAAAAAUUUUUAACUAUUUGACUUUUAUGUUGCCAAUUUCACACGUUUUGUACUUUUUUCAAUAGAUCUAUUUUUUUCAUAUCAUGAAAAUUUUAAGUACCAAGUUUCUAUAUACUGAAAUAAUCAGCUGUUUGAGUUGAAUGAAAUCUUUGUAAAUGUAAAAGGUGUGGCGACCCACCGUCUAGUCGGGCGAACCGGCUCGGCAGUCGGGUCGCGCGGCGUCGGAGCGACGAGGCCCAAGAUGGCGGCGGGCCUCGUCUUUCCGAGCGACGGGGAGAACCCGCGCGCGGGAAAGUCCUGAUGACGUAGGACUUACGUCAUUGCCGGUUGUUUUGGGCGGGAACAUUCUCCCUUAAAGGGCCCGCGCAAGGCGGGAAAAUAAACCAGUUCUGUUUGGCAAUCCUCCGAGUAGAGUCUUGUUUUAUUCCGCGGUAGCAACCGCUACAAAGGUUUGAUAACUGCAUAAUGGAACUUACUGUUUUUGAAUGAUCUGUGAGAGGAAAAAAUCCAUUCUCCUUAAAUGUGAAUAAUAUAUAUUAAUAAUUUAAGAAUGUGUUGAAACAAAUAUAAUUAUAUGUAUGUUGACUAAAAUACAGGUUCCAGCAUGGUGCAGUUUGCUUAUUAGUUCACCAGUUGCAAUCACAUUUUCCACUUGGCAGUUAAUAUAACAAAUCUAUAACUAACAAGGCUCUUAGUUAUGCCUCCUCUUUGUAGAUAGCAAAAAUAUAAACUCUACUUCAGACAUUGCACAAGGGUGCUGAGUGGAGCUGAUGGUGGAUUCUGAACCACAUUUCUGAUAAAUAAGAAUUACAUAGAAGGAGCACUUUCACAGCUAGUCUCCAUGAUAGCUAGCUCUACUAAACAACCUACACUUUAGUUCAUUCAUUGAAGAUCUGUAACUUUAAGUAAUGAUUAGAACUAGAUUUAGUGUAAGCAGAAGAACCUGCCUAGAUCAGUGAAUUCUGUACCCAAAUGAUUGAUGCCUGCUCCUGAUACAAGCUCCGAAUUUGGCAUCUAAACUUAUUGGUUAUAAAAAUUCUACUGAUUUGGGCGGCACAGUAGCAUAGCGGUUAGCGUAACACUAUUACAGCGCCAGCAAUCGGGGUUCAAUUCCCACUACUGUCUGUAAGGAGUUUGUACGUUCUCCCCGUGACUGCGUGGGUUUCCUCCCACAUUCCAAAGACGUACGGGUAGGUAGGUUAACAUGGGUGUAAUUGGGCGGCCUGGGCUCAUUGGGCCAGGAGGGCCUGUUACCGUGCUGUAUAAAUAAAGUUUUAAAGUAUCGCUGAACAAAUCAUAAUAAUUUUAACAAAUCCAGCAUAAAACUAUAUCUUCUGCCAAGAGAUUAUUAUGUUGAGAUACUCUUGAAACUAGAAAAGGCAAAAAAAGACUAAUUACAAACUCAGCAGAUUAUUCUCAUCAGUAUGUCUGGGGGGGGCAGGGGUGGUGAAGAAAAAUGAUAAAGAUUCAAAUGCAAGGUUUAAUUCUAAACAUUAACUAACUAAUUUCAUUCCACUUCUGAAGAUCAUUAAGUAUUAGGAACUUUCUCAGUUAUCAAAUUCAACUGUUGUUCUGCUUCCUGGUUAAAUAUGCCCUCUUUUGGCCAAGCUAAUUUAAAUAAAAUCUUGGUAAACUGAAAGCUUCAAAACUGACCAAGUGAUUAAUCUGACAUUUUUGACAAUCCAACCUGUUCUGGGUGAAAAAUAUUCAAUUAAAUCUAUAUAGAAACACAAUCAUGUAUUGAAAAUUGAGUCAUACAUAGGUUAUGCUUUAUAAAGUGUUUUUCAUUAUAAUUUACACACAGGAACAAAAAAGAUUUGCCAAGCAAGGACAAGCUUAGAACCAGACAAUUCACCCAUUUCACAAAUCUGCCUAUUCCAAAAUUCUGCAUGAAUGUAUUUGCUUGUAUUUGUAUUAGUUUAAGCCAAAUAUAAGUUAAAUACAACUCCAUAGCAUCCUAAUGUUAUUGCUGUAGAAGAGAUGAUCCUAUUUGAUGUACAUAAAAAAUAUUCCAUAUAUUAAAUAUAAAAUAUUAGUAAGUAGUGUUAUGCUGUAUGGUCACUAGUUUUCAUGUAAACACCCAUGAAGUCUUUCAAUUCGUGGUCUAUUUAUGUGAAAACAGAGUUUGUAAUAAAUAUUUUGAUCCUGAUAUUAAGGUUUGUGUGAUUCAGAUUAACAAUUGAGAUAAAUUCAACUUCUCAUAUCAAACCAAACCCAAUGACUUGAUAUAUCUUUACUCCUUCCAGGUUAGAAAUGCCAAACUUAAGUAGUUCUUAAUUUAGAAUUCUCGCAUUAUAGAAAGGAACUUUAUUGUAUUUUUGUGUUUAUUUGAUCUUAAUUUGUAAGAAUUUGAAAGCUGACCUUGUUCUGUCACUAAAGUCUCUUUGACUGUUACCAUUUCACAUGGGUUUUCUCAGUUAAUGCAAUUCUUUCUUUUAAAAACAGAUGAAACAGUUUGAGGUUUUAUAUUCAAACAUAAAUAGGAAAAAAAGCAGCAGUAAUCAAUAAGAAAGAUAAAAAUUUGUUUUGAAGGGGCUAAAAUAGUUCCAUCUAACAUUUUGCAAAGCUGUCUCCAAUAUAAGGACUUCGCCUUGCUGCUUGUGCAAAAAAAAUUGUAUUUAUAUGUCUCUCCAUCAUUGUUGCAUGUUUCAGAUCUCUACACUAAGCCCUGGACAAUAAUAAACUGUAGGCCAUUCACACCAGCAAGGAACUAGACAUUGCCAAAUUAGUGACUUUCCGUGGUUUUUAUAUGGCCAUAAAAUUAUAUUGUGAUAACUGUAUUCAAGGUGAUGACUUGUCCUGAGUAACUUUGUAAGUUGACUCGUUUGUUGAAUAUUUCAUCAUAUUUUGUUAAAUGUGCUUUGCAGUACAGUCAUUUCUAGUAUCUACCUGAAAAUUAUGAAAACUGCACAUGAUUUUGUACAUAACAGAACAGACAUAU